AUGCGCAGCUUUGUCUCUGACGGUGCGUCUGUUAUGACUGGGGCCAGAAACGGGGUGGCAAAGCUUCUAAAAGAUGAGAACCCAUGGAUCCUGUCUUUCCACUGCUUAGCACACAAACUUGCUCUUGCUUGUGCUAUCUCUGCAGAUACCCUUGACUACAUUGCCCACUGUGAACUACAGUUGAACCAGUUGUGGAAGCUAUUUGAGAAUUCUGCAAAGCGCACUGCAACGUAUCUUAAAGUGCGAGAGGGCACAAAGAAUCUUACACUAAACUCGGGGGGGAGGAAGCAGGUAGCAAAAAAGCUGAAGAAGGCUUGUCGUACACGCUGGUUGUCGUUAGAUAAAUCGGUAGAGGCGGUAUUUGUGGAUUUCUGCGCAAUAAUCGAAACGCUGGAGCAGCUUAAAACUGAACCAACGGUAUCAGCAGCGGAUGGUCCCCUGAAAAGAAUGAAAAAGGUGAAAUUCAUCGGCACCACUUACAUCCUCCACGAUGUCUUGCCAGUAUUAUCACAAUUAAACAAGCGUUUUCAACGAGGAAACGUAAACUUCUCACACCUGCUUCCUGCAAUCAAGGCCAAACAUGCAAAACUAAACAGGCUUAAAGAGGACAAGGAAUGUUUGAAAAAGCUGCAGAAUGAUCUCGCUCAGAAUGGAAGGCUUCACCGUUGUGGUUUAACGCUUUCAGACAACAAGAUGCAAGAGCUGUGUUCUCUCAUGAACCGCAACAUUGUGGCCCUGCAAGACAAUAUCAACAAUCGCUUUGAACCCACUUUACCCCAAGUUAGCGCCUUUUCCAUCUUCGAUAUCGCUGAUCUUCCAAAUGAAAGUGACCCGGGAUUUGAAGACUAUGGCCAGGUAGAGAUAAAAAUCAUUAGUAACCACUUCUAUGGAACAAAAAAAGAAGAGGAAAAGAAAAUGAAGUCUGCAAAAUUGCUCGCACAAUGGGAGAAUUUCAAGUUUGAAAUGGUUGCUUGGAAGAAACAAGUGCCGCAAACUCUGUUGCAGCCGAAUGACAGAAGUCCUGAGGAUACCAACAUUCUCACCACAACAGACUGGACCUUACAAAGGUUGCUUGCGCGGUGCAAGACCUACCAGGAUACCUAUUCAGAACUUCUUAUGGUGGCGGAAGUUGCAUGGACGAUGCCCCUUAGCAAUUGUUGGCCUGAAAGAGGUGGAAGUGCUAUUAAACGCAUCAAAACAAGAAUGAGAAGUCGACUCGCUGAUGAUAUGCUAAAUGCACUUAUGCAUGUGAGCAUCAAUGGCCCAUCGUUUGGGACAGAGCAGUGUACUGACAUAGUCUAA